AUGCCGCGCAGUGGUCCAGUUAAAGUCGCCUGUCGCCUGUGUCAUGACCGGCGUGUCAAAUGCGAUCGCAGUGAAGGUGUCGCGUGUUCCAACUGCCGGAAUGCCCGGCGCCAAUGCGAGCUAAUUAUAUCUCAGCGUGGACGGAAACGAAAGCUUCCUAUCUUACCCACUGAAGCAGGCUCAAGCAGGGGUCUCUCGAUGACCUCUCGCAAUGUGCCGUAUGAAGGAGUGACCAGUUCAAACCCACUAGCCACGCAUGCUCAAGACGAUAGAGAUAAGCCACAGCAAGAGCCGUGUUUCCCAGCUCUUGGACCAAGCGGUAAAACGCAGUAUGUUGCAGACUCUUCUAAUCUUAACUACUUGGUUCAACAAUUUGGGAAUCCCUUCGGAGGUUCGACAGAUUACGAAGGAGCUUUUGACCUCCCAUCACAAGAGACUAGUCAGGCCCUUCUCGGCGCUUACUUCCACUUUUCACUUGCUGCACUGCCUAUUCUUGAUAAGUCAAGGUUUCUUGUCACUCUCGAGGAAGGUAAAUACUCGCACUUGCUCUUGAAUGCUGUUUAUCUCGCUGCUACUGUAUAUUGUGCGGAUUCUGUCAUUGCCGAUGCCGGAUUUGUGUCCCGAUACGCUGCAAGCCUCACCUUUUACCAGAGAGCCAAAUCUCUUUAUGAUGCUGGAUAUGAAACCGAUUCUAUUGUGACCAUCCAAGCCACAUUUCUCAUGUGCUAUUGGUGGAAUGGUAUUCUAGAGCACAAAGACCCUUGGUACUGGGUUGGUAUCUCUGUGGGAAUAGCGCAGGCUUUAGGACUGCAUCAAACAAAGUCAUACGUGCGUCUUGAAGAGAAGGAUCGAAAGCUAUGGCGAAGAUUGUGGUGGAUGAUAUAUGCCAUGGACAUAAAUCUGUCGAUGCUUCUCGAUCGUCCUCCACACGUACAAGGAAGACUUUGCAAUGUUUCUCCUCUAUCAGAAGCAGAUUUUGAACAAGUCGGCGGAUCUCAAGAGACAGACAACGACUAUGAGGCAAAUACAUUUGCGAUAAACGUUGUGCAACUAGCUCAGACGGUGGAUCAAUUCUUCACUAUUAAAUACGACAAAGAUACGGGCCAUUCGCAAGAUAUCUGCUUAGAGCAGAUUUCCUUGUGCUAUUCAUCCCUUUCCCCGGAAUUCAGGUCCUUAUCAGCGAAUAGUAGCAAGUGGGCUAUAUUGACUCAUAUACUUUACCAGGAAUACCGACUAGUUUUGCAUCGGAGCAAUCCAAGAUUCUCUCUCAAUAUCGGGCCAGACUCGCCGACAUUCGAGAUAUGUACAGAGAUCUCCCACAUGCUCGAAAUACUCGUGGCGAAUAAUCUUCUCUAUGCAGCCGCAGCCAGCAUAACUGCACCCGUGCUAUCGGUUCUCGCGAUCUAUAUCGUCAACAUACACAAAGGCGAUACAGGUGUCCGAAUGAUCUCACAGAAUCGUGCCCGUUUCUGCAUGUCGAUACUUGACAAAUUGCAAGAUCGGUUCCCGGUACUUGCGGCCAUCUAUCCAAUUUAUGAAUCCCUGCUCGGGCGAUACUCUGCAGGUGUGCAGGCACAAGAUGGCGAAAGGAUACCAGAGCGUCCGGCAGGAUCUGAGAUGCAGAAUGGUUCGUGUCAACUUGAUAACGAAAGCAAUAUUGGUGAGAUGAACCCCACUGGAGGGUUAUCUGAUCAAGUUCCGCAAGAUGGCAUCGGAAUUGCGUUUCCUUUCUCGUUUCCUUUCGGGAACUUGUUUGAAGAUGUCUUUUUGAACUCGCCCUCUCAAUCUACGGCUUAUUGUGAGGAUGAUGUAUAG